GACAACAUUUCAAUUGAUGUUUCUAAAUUUGCAUCUGAACAAUGUUAUCGUCUUUUUGUAACAUUAUUCAAUGCUGAUCUAUCUAUACCUGGUUCACUAAGCCUUGAACAAUAUUGUUGCUUAUAUGCUGUAUUAAUUGCUAUUGAUUCUUCUCUUACAGGAUCACUUCCGGAUGCACGUAGUGUCAUAUGUGAUAUUACUAAUGAACAAAAAAAUAAUCGACCUUUACCACAAAAGCCAAUUACACCUCUUAUUACGACUGCAACUGAUGUUUUAGAUUCCACUGAUACUACUAUUGAAACUAUUAACAUUUCUCAAGGUAGAGGUAAAAAAAAGCAAGUAAAACCAAAGAUAAAGAAAACUUUACGUCAAACAAGAUCUAAUAAGAAAGCUAAAACUG